AAGAAAACAGAGAAUUGUAUAUAUAGACGAGAAAGCAAAUAGUUUGGUUUCCGAAGAAAAAGCAUACAAAAAUGUCGCUGGAAGAUUACACGUCGCAGGUGCCCGAUAAAGUUCGCACAGACGUACUAUCGCAAGCGCGACUAGCUUGCUACAAGGCGCGGGAUGCGUUUCACACUUGUCUGGAGAGAGAAGCGAAGAAAAAGCCGACGGAGAUCGCGUCGGUGGGGCUGCUUUUCCCGUCCGAUUGCCAAAAAAAUAGGGAGGAAUACGUUAAGAUGUGCCGACCUGCUUGGGUGAAGCAUUUCGAUCGUGAGUAUUGCGUGAAGAAGAGGUGUCGGAGGCUGUUGGAUGAUCAAGAGAUGAUGAGGCGAGGUCCGAUGUCGCUGCCGCAGUCUUCCACCUUUAAAUCCUCCUCUUGCUCUUGUUCAUCUUCAACGUGAUCAAAUCGUGACAACAGAUUAACUCUUUUUUUAGCUUUAAGCUUUCAUCCAGAUUUGAUUACAGCUCCUUCCAAAAUUUUGAUUUUCCGACGAAGAAGUAAGGAUUGAGUUCCGUUUGAAUUGAAUUUACUUUAAUUCGCCUUUGAAUUUCAUAACGUUUGAAGCAAGUUGGAGCUUUCAUGCUCAUCUGCCAGUGAUAAUGUGAUAUGCCUUAUUUAUUUA